CGGAGCGCGGAGGUAUCAGACGAAUGGAGCACAUAACAAACGCAGCAUCAUCAGAUGCCUACACCAGCAGUGUGCAGAAUGCUCUCAGCGUCCUCACUACUCUGCAUAUCACCAGCUACAUGUGGAUGCCAGAAACCGACGUCAAAGAUGUUGUUUCAGAUAGUGUUGAUGCUGAGUAUGAGUACAUAGUGGUGGGAGCUGGCACGGCAGGCGCUAUCGUGGCUGGCAGACUGGCACAGAGCCAGGCCAGGGUCCUUCUGAUAGAAGCGGGCGGUGACCCUCCUAUAGAAACUAUUUACCCUGGACUCGCCCUGUACACGAGAUGGUCGGAAAUAGACUACAAUUUCACAGUAAGUAGCCAACCUUACCACCAUGACUGUUUAGAGGAACCCUACUUCACACUGCAUGCUGGCAAAGUACUGGGUGGAUCCAGUACAAUAAGUAUAAUGUUAUAUGAAAGAGGAAACAAACAAGACUUCCAGCGUUGGGUAACAGCGAGUAAUGAUGACAGCUGGUCCUGGGAAAAUGUAUUAAAAUACUUCAAGCGAACAGAAAAAAUGGAAGAUCAAGCUAUAUUAAAUUCACCUUAUAGACAAUAUCACGGAUUAGAUGGACCUCUUAUAGUAACGAGAGAAACUCGAAUGGAAGUAGACGCUUAUCAUAGCAUAGUUCAGCAACUAGGGGGUAAAGUCAUACUCGAUCUGAAUAGCAACGAAACCGUUGGAUAUUCUAGAGCACAAUACACGUUAAAAGACUAUCGACAGAGCACUGCCACAGCAUUCUUGAAAGCUUCAGAUACUUCCACUUAUUUACAUCUUUUAAAAAACACAGAAGUCACCAAAAUCAUUUUAGAUGACAACAAUCGCGCUGUUGGUGUAAAAGCUAAGAGAAACAAUAAAAUGUAUACUUUUAAUGCAAGUAAAGAAGUUAUAUUAUCAGCUGGUGUAAUUAACUCGCCUAAGUUGCUUAUGUUGUCUGGCAUUGGACCCAAAGAACAUCUUGAGUGCAAAGGCAUAGAAGUCAAAGUUGAUUUACCAGUGGGUAAAAACUAUCAUGAUCACAUUGGAGUAGUGAUUGCCCAUAGGCUACAAAAAAGCAAUGAAACUUUGACACAAGUAGAUGUCCGUGAAUACCCGACCACUGCCAUCAUUGGUUAUGUUGCCAUAAAUGAGUCAAAAAAAUAUCCGGACUAUGUAUUGUCUGGCCACUUUGUCUAUGGUAAAGAUGCUGCCAAACUGCCUUUACAGGAAAACGCAUUUUAUGACCGAUACCGCUCUUGUAUUCGAAACACUCUCUAUAGGGAGUCUAAACGUCACAAUAUGUUAUAUGCAUUUAUUAGUAACCCAACGCCAUUAUCGCGAGGUACAGUUACUUUGAGAAGUUCCCACUACAAGGAUCAGCCAGUCAUUGAUGGUAACUUUUGUUCCGUCGAAGUUGAUUUAGAACAUCACAUUGAUUUUUUACAACACUACACUAGAGUACAAAAUACAGAAAUAUUCAUGCAACUUGGAUCAAAAUUGCUAAAUCCUAUAGAGAAGAAGUGUGGUAAGUACGAGAUGGGAAGCAGAAAGUUCUGGAGAUGUUACAUUAUGUGUAUGAUGUCGCCUCGCAACCACGCAGUCGGGACGUGCGCUAUGGGCUCGGUGGUAGACAGCAAGCUGAGGGUCCUCGGAGUUCAGGGCCUGAGGGUAGCAGACGCGAGUAUUAUUCCUGUAAUACCUUCAGUGGGGACUUACGCUCCGACGAUGAUGAUUGGAGAAAAAGCCGCCAGCAUGCUAAUAGAAGAUAUGUGAUAUGGUAGAUGACAAUUUUUACACGUAUUUUUUUUUUCUUACGAAAACAAAUGCUUUCGGCUAUAAAUUGAUUUGAAAUAUCGUAUGAAAUAGCUAGCUCCCACUCCUAAAAUUUGAAUCGUUAUAUCUGGGUAUUGUUUCCUUAUACGACAAGUUAAAAAAAAAAUUUCGUUACCUAACUGACGGAAUAAAUAGAUUUUUUAUUUUCGUACCCCGUCAUCACCCUUGUACUAUGUGUCCACCAUUGUGU